AUGGCUACCAGUAGCCACAGUGACACAGAUAAAGAAAAUGAUAUUGGAAAGCGAAGAAAGAGGAUAAGCCAACAGGUUUCCCUGGCCAAGCGUAAAUAUGGGUUAUUCCCUGUUUCCACCAGCUCUAGUGAAAAUGAGCUCAGUCAGCCAGGCUCCAGCUCUUCCUCUGAAGAAGAUGAUGGAAACCAGCAACAUAGUAUGCCAAUUCCCUCAUGUAGCAGUGAUGACAAAAAGAUCAUUGCUAAGCAAAGAAAGAGGACAAGCCGACAGGCUUUCUUAAAGCCGGGGAAGAAGAGAGCGACACUGGCCAAACGGAAAUAUGGGUUAUUCCCCAUUUCCAGCAGCUCUAGCGAAAAUGAACUCAGCAGCCAGUCAGCCUCCAGCUCUUCCUCUGAAGGAGAAGAGGAUGGAAACCAGCAAAAUGCCAUGUCUCUUCCCUUAGGUAGCAGUGAUGAUGAAAUUGUUCUAAUUGAGACUUCAGCCACACUGCAAACCCAUGGCAACAAUGAAGAAGACAACAUUAACUCCACUGACAGCGAGGCAGAAAGUAUGACCGUCAGUGAAAUUAACAGAUCUCGUUCUACCAUUGAAAACUUGCGAUCUCCCUGGGGCCAAAGUUCGAAUUCUGCUUCUAGUCAGGGUUCAGCCAUUGUACAGCCUAUCAGAGGACAUGCAACUGAAGUGGUGGACCUAACUUUAGAGGAAGAUGAUACUGGAAGGAUUACGGACACUUUAAAUAAUGACACUGCAGCCAUGCUGCAAUUACCAUCACUCUCCACUGAAUAUUCACCCAGUGAAGCAUCAUCACAGAAUGCCCAUUCAAGUUUGUAUACAACUCAAAGUCAGAAUUUUCCACUGCACCACCAUCAUAGAUCUGACUCCACCGCUCCGGUUGCACUACCUUGGGAAAGACCAAGCAGCUCUUCUGCCACCUAUCAUAAUCUGCAAUCCUUGCCUAUGCAUCUUGUUAAUGAUAUGAGAAACCAUCAGGUGCAGCAUCCAACAGGUGCUCAUGAGCACAUUGCUCCACAUCCGUACAGAAUGCCACACACAUCACAUCCCAGGCAGGCGUCUGUGAAUACAGCUCCAUAUGGAAUAAGACACUUGCACUCACAUUUAGCUUCAUUUCAUCCACCUGCAAGUUUUCACCACUUGCCGAUUUGGAACAUUCCCUUCAUGGGGCAAAUUCAUCUUCAAAGCAUUCUUGCACAUGUGAACCCGGGAGCUUCACAGGCGAUAAUUGAAAUGUGCACAUAUCCAUACAAAUAUCAGAAGAGAAUUGUGCAUGGCGCACAAGAGAGAGAACACACCAAUGAAGAAAAAUGUUCAAUAUGCAUUUCAACAUUAGAAGAAGGCGAGAAUGUCAGGCGUCUCCCCUGCAUGCACCUAUUUCACAGAGGGUGUGUGGACCAGUGGCUUUCUACAAACAAAAAGUGCCCCAACUGCAGAUUGAACAUAGAGCAUCAGCUCCGUAUGCAUAUGUAA